GCGAGCGCGGAGCGCGGCGCACGGCGGUGGCCAGGGCCGCGGGCGGGCGGGAGCGCGGGCGGGCGGCCGGCCUUGGACCGGCAUGGCGGACCGGCGGCGCGCGUGGAACACGGAGGACGACCUGCCCGUGUACUUGGCGCGGCCGGGCAGCGCGGCGCAGACCCCGCGCCAGAAGUACGGCGGCAUGUUCGCCGCGGUGGAGGGCGCCUACGAGAACAAGACCAUCGACUUCGACGCGUACAGCGUGGGCCGCCGCGGCUCGGCGCGCACGCCUCGCAGCGCUGGCCGGCCCGACGCCGUCGGCCUGCCGGGGCCCGGCGGCAGCGAGGACACGGCCAGCGACGUGAGCGAGCUCUCGGGCUCGGCAGUCAGCUCGCCGGGCGAGCGCGAAGAGCGACCCCCCGCGCUGCGUAUCCGAUGCCCCGCGCCCCGCGACCUGCCACUCGGCCGGGACAAUGGCCAGAGUGACCGACUCCUCAUCAAAGGUGGACGAAUCAUCAAUGAUGACCAGUCCUUCUAUGCUGACGUCUACCUGGAAGAUGGACUUAUAAAACAAAUAGGAGAGAACUUAAUAGUUCCUGGUGGAGUGAAGACCAUUGAGGCCAAUGGGCGGAUGGUGAUUCCCGGAGGUAUCGAUGUCAACACGUACCUGCAGAAGCCCUCCCAGGGGAUGACAACUGCUGAUGACUUCUUCCAAGGGACCAAGGCAGCACUGGCAGGCGGGACCACCAUGAUCAUUGACCAUGUUGUCCCUGAACCUGGGUCUAGCCUGCUGACCUCCUUCGAGAAAUGGCACGAAGCAGCUGACACCAAAUCCUGCUGCGACUAUUCCCUCCAUGUGGACAUCACGAGCUGGUACGAUGGCGUGCGGGAGGAGUUGGAGAUGCUGGUGCAGGACAAAGGUGUCAAUUCCUUCCAAGUCUACAUGGCGUACAAGGAUCUCUACCAGAUGUCUGAUAGCCAGCUCUAUGAAGCCUUCACCUUCCUUAAGGGGCUGGGAGCUGUGAUCUUGGUCCACGCGGAAAAUGGAGAUUUGAUAGCUCAGGAACAGAAGCGGAUCUUGGAGAUGGGCAUCACAGGUCCUGAGGGCCAUGCUCUGAGCCGACCUGAAGAGCUAGAGGCCGAGGCUGUGUUUCGGGCCAUCACCAUCGCUGGCCGGAUCAAUUGCCCGGUGUACAUCACGAAGGUCAUGAGCAAGAGUGCAGCGGACAUCAUCACUCUGGCCAGGAAGAAAGGUCCCCUCGUGUUUGGCGAGCCCAUCGCUGCCAGCCUGGGGACCGAUGGCACCCACUACUGGAGCAAGAACUGGGCCAAGGCAGCGGCAUUCGUGACCUCUCCUCCUCUGAGCCCGGACCCCACGACACCUGACUACUUGACCUCCCUGCUGGCCUGUGGAGACCUGCAGGUCACAGGCAGUGGCCACUGUCCCUAUAGCACUGCCCAGAAGGCGGUGGGCAAGGAUAACUUCACUCUGAUCCCUGAGGGCGUCAACGGUAUAGAGGAGCGGAUGACCGUCGUCUGGGACAAGGCAGUGGCUACUGGCAAAAUGGAUGAGAACCAGUUUGUUGCCAUCACCAGCACCAACGCAGCCAAGAUCUUUAACCUGUACCCCAGGAAAGGGCGGAUUGCUGUGGGCUCAGACGCCGACGUGGUCAUCUGGGACCCCGACAAGGUGAAGACCAUAACAGCCAAGAGUCACAAGUCGGCCGUGGAGUACAACAUCUUCGAGGGCAUGGAGUGCCACGGCUCCCCGCUGGUGGUCAUCAGCCAGGGCAAGAUCGUCUUCGAGGACGGCAACAUCAACGUCAACAAGGGCAUGGGCCGCUUCAUCCCGCGGAAGCCUUUCCCCGAGUAUCUCUACCAGCGUGUCAGGAUCAGGAGCAAGGUUUCUGGGUUGCAAGGUGUUCCCAGGGGCAUGUAUGACGGUCCUGUGUAUGAGGUGCCAGCCACGCCCAAAUAUGCAACCCCUGCCCCGUCUGCCAAGUCCUCGCCCUCCAAACACCAGCCCCCGCCCAUCAGAAACCUCCACCAGUCCAACUUCAGUUUAUCAGGUGCCCAGAUAGAUGACAACAACCCCAGGCGCACCGGCCACCGCAUCGUGGCGCCCCCUGGUGGCCGCUCCAACAUCACCAGCCUCGGUUGAAGGCGGAGGAGUGGAUGAGCCAGUGAAGCGUUCCAGGAAUACUGUCAAUCCCUUUCCCCGCCAGGGGUUGGGAAACCCGCGGUUUUAUUUGGUACUGAUGGGGGGAAAAUUGAAUGACGUUCUUUCCUCUUUUGUUUAGGAAGAAGUGGUAUUAGUGUGGUGUGUUUGCUCGGAAACUCCUUGCCCCACAGUUGUGUGUUCAUGCUGACUCCACCUCAGAUCAUGGGUCUCCAUUGCCCUCCUUAGUGAACCCAGGUUCUAGCAUCGUCUUGUACCGUCCCUUCCGCUUCUGACUCCACGGGCUCCAUGAUUCUCUGGGUGGUUCCUUUGCACCCUCGUAGCUGUUCUAGGAUAGUUGAUGCAUGUUACUAAAUUAUGUAUGCAAGUCUGUGAGUGCGUCUGACGGAACAUCACCGAGGACCGAUGUAGACACAAUGCCCAGACCUCAGGCCCCCAGGGGCCCUUCCAAACUCUUCACACGGAGAUGCUUACUCGUUGUCCCCACCCCAAGUCCGCACUAGAAAGAAGCCUGCCCCACCCCUCCCCCACCCCAUCCCCAUUGAGACCUUCUGUGAAUUCUCAGAGGGGCAGGGGAACCUUCCAGUGCUUUCAGAGAAACAUCAUCCACGUCCUGUGUCAGAAACUCCGGUCUCCGUGGCACUUGUGACUCGCCAUGACGUCUUUCUGGUCUGUGUGUGUCCUUCCAGCCAGCUCCGACUUCAGGCCUAGCCAGGUUCACACUCAGAAAGGGGUCUCCCCACCCCCAUCAGGGCUGAUGACGGUGGGGCGACGGCUGCUCCCGGUUGCCCCGGUCCUGGUCCCUUCGAGGUGGUUGACGGGGCAGUCAGAUUUUUAAAGUUUUGUACAAAGUUUUCCUUUGUAAUCACCCCCAUUUUUACUUAACAACCGACUUAUUGUGGCUCUUAUUUCUGAAUUCAAAGCUUGUGAAAAAAUAAAGAAAAUAAACAGCC